AUGACAUUAAGAAAAUUGAGAAUAAUAGGGCUUCUAAGUCUCAAAGAAUAUUUAUUGUAUCCUCCAUCAAAUGUCUUAUAUUCUUCGUAUGGUAUUAGCUUGAAAAGUUUUACAAAUGCAGUCAAUAAUCCUUCAAAUGAAGUGACACUCUGGAAAGACUUCCUCAGAAAUGUAAAUGAAUAUACAUUUGAUCAAGAAAGAAAAUACCAAAAACUGAUAUUUAUUGAAGAUUUUAAGGCAACCUUUGAAAAAAUUGUUCACAAUGCUUAUAAUGUUAAUAUUUGUAUGAUAUUGAAUGAGGUAAUCACAGAUU